AUGGGAGGGAUCAGCUUCCUCGUCAACGACUCGGUCCAGUCAGCUGUCGACUCCUUCGAAAUCAUCAAUGCCCGUAUCUCGGUUGAGAUGUUAACGAUUUGAAACCAGAGAUCGCAAGACGUCGACGAGCUGUUUGGACCGCGUUCAACUCCAUCAACAAAGAACACCCGUUAAAAGACCCGAGACUGCGAGCUCACAUCUUCGAAGCAUCCGUCAUUCCCGCCAACUCCUACGCGACUAAGUUUGUCCUGACACGAAAAACACCGCGACCGCCCUAAGAACAUCUCACCGCGCAUUGGAACGUGCUCUCCUUGAUACCACUCGCUUCGAACAGUGAAAAAAAGAACAGACGAGCACAGACCUCCGUCAGCGGUCCCAAAUCCGGGACCUUGAAGAGCACCUUCAACGCGGGUACCAUUGUUGGGGAGGCCACGUCAUUCGCAGACAGGACGACCGCUGGUCCACGAGAACGACACACUCGAUCAUGAGAAACAUCGCCCACUGCCCCACCGAGUUCAGAUGGACGGCCUACGGCAAGAACACGCCAACCAGGCCGUCACUGGAUGA